CAGGUCCAGUUCUCAUUUAAGCUGGGAUGGCGAUAUGGUACGGGACCUGGUUGCACUCCAGCGUUGAUAGGUUCCCUGGUUACCGGGAUGAAUAGUACCUUCUGGAGAUGUACGUCAGGUUGUAAUUCGACCUCCCAGUCUUUGAGUACAGUAAACUAUAUAUGUACAGGAGCAAGCGUAGCUGAGGAUUGGGAACAAGGGGAGAGGACUUUUGACUAUACAUUUCCCGGGGAAGGCCCUUUCGUCGUUGAAUUUGCAAGUUGUUGCUGGAUAAGUUUGGACUAUGGGUCUGGUAGUUCCUGGUCAAUUCGUACAGUCGUUAAUUUGGCCAGUAGGAAUGAUAUCCAGCAACCUAACACCAGUCCUGUCACAACAGGGAAACCAAUGUACACACUACAGUAUGGUUGUCGGCUUGCCUUACAAAUUCCAGUAGCAGAUACUGAUAGUGAUAUUUUAAGAUGUCGUUGGUCCACAGGGUCAGAAUGUGUCUCUGUCUGUUCCGCUCUCCCUUACGCCAGCUUGGAUAGAGAAACUUGCACGAUAUCCUUUCCAUCAAAUCACACUGUGAAUGGUACAUAUGCUGUAGCUGUAACUGUAGAAGACUUUCCCCGCUCAAAUAUUACUAUUGGUGGGACGACGUAUACUCCAUCUGACCCAAUGACGGCAAUUCAUCUCCAGUUUCUUGUGAGGACUGCUAGUUUGUCUGGUGGUUGUGAGGAACGACCUGUUUUUGUCAAUAACACUCCUCCAGAGGGCACCAUUUUUAACGUUUUGACGGGACAAACGUUACACAUUUCAUUUUACAUCGCUAGCAAUCAAACAAUAACAAGAGUUGAUGUUACGUCACCAGCUGGGAUGACGUAUACUUCUCCCAUGCCAUAUCCAGGACGACCAGGGGUUUUCUUUAUAAACACAACAUGGACACCAACAGCACUACAGAUUGGUUCACAUAUACUAUGCGCCUUAGCAGAAGAUAAUAAUGGAAAAGCAAGUGAUUCUCGUUGUGUUCAAAUAAGAGUUUCAGAUAUAAGCCCCUGUAUAUAUGAACCUUGUCUGAAUAAUGGGACGUGCAUUCGUGUUUACGAGAUAACCAAAUGUGUGUCCGUCCGCCUAGGAAUGACCCAAAACUUCACGUGUAGCUGUAUUUCUGGGUACACCGACAGAAUAUGUCAAACAGAAAUUGACGAGUGUGCGAGUCAACCAUGCCUGAAUGACGGGACAUGUACAGAUUUUGUUAAUUCGUUUUCCUGCUUCUGUCAUCCUGGAUUCACUGGUGCUAAUUGUGAAACAGACAUAAACGAAUGUGCAAGUUUUCCUUGUCUUAACGGUGGCUCGUGUGUAGAUCAGAUAAACCUUUACCAAUGCGCAUGCGCUGCUGGCUUUGAAGGAUACAACUGUGAGAUAGGUAGAUACUAUGUCUGAUUUAGUAAAAGUAGAUCUGAGGUUAUCUAUUAACCUGUUCUAUGUCCUUUCUGUCCAUAAUGGCAUGUA